AAAAAAAAAAAAAAAAUUUCUCUUAAUUUUUUUUCGUCAGUUUCUUUUCUUCUUUUUGAUUAUAUCAUAAAAUGUCAAACUCAAAUAACAACAACGCUAUUCGUGUAGUGGCCGCUAUAGAUUUUGGGACUACAUUUUCGGGUUUCGCUUAUGCUCAUAAAUCGAAUCCAGGGAAUAUCAUCGUACAUAAUAAAUGGCCAAAUUUUAGUGGUUACUAUAAAAUUCCAACGGCCGUAAAAUAUGAUGAAUCAUUAAAUUUAACAUCUUGGGGAUAUUCCGCGUUAGCAGUAAAACCGAAUAAGGAUAUUAAAUCUUCUGAUAUAAAACCUGCGGAAAAAUUUAAAUUACAUCUUAGUAAUAUGGAAAAUAAACCUCCUUUACCAAAAGGUUUACAUCAUGAAACUGCUAUAACUGAUUAUCUUAGAGAAAUGGGUAAAAUUAUGAAAGAUGCUAUUAAAAAGAGUUAUCAAAAUAUUGACUUCUUUAAACAAGUUUUGAUCAUCAUGACGAUUCCAGCUGAAUUUGAUAUUCAAGCUAUUGAUACUAUGCGUGAAUGUUUGCUCAAAGCUGAAAUUAUUGAUAAAAAGAAGAGUGAAAACUUAAAAUUUACCACUGAACCUGAAGCUGCUGCGAUUCAUUGCAUGAAGAUUCUAAAAGAACUUAGAAUUGGUGUUGACUCAUCGUACAUUGUUGUCGAUUGUGGCGGUGGUACUGUUGAUUUGACAACUCGAAAACUUAUGAGAGGUGAAAAAAUUGGUGAAAUUACCGAAAGGAAAGGCGAUUAUUGUGGUGGAAUUUAUAUUGAAGAAGAAUUUCUUAAAUUUCUUGGCGAAAAAGUUGGUUCGUCAGCGAUUAAUCUCGUGAAAGACAAGCAUUAUAGUCAAUUACAAUAUAUGUUACAAGAAUUUUGUAGACGUGUUAAAUUCCCAUUCAAUGGAGAAAGAGAUGAUUUUAAACCUUUUGAUUUGGAUUUAGAUGAAUAUUGUCCAGUUAUUAAACAAUAUGUUAAAGGUACUGAACUUGAUCAAAUGGAAGAAGUAGAAUGGGUUAUCGAAUUGAAAUUCGAAGAUGUAAAAAGAAUGUUUGAUCCAAUUGUAGCAAAAAUUUUAUGUUUAAUUCGUACACAACUAAAUGCGAAUAAAAAUUGUAAGGCUUUGUUUCUCGUUGGAGGUUUUAGUGAAUCCAAAUAUUUACAAGCAAGAGUUAGAAAAGAAUAUGGUCAAAAAAUAAAGAAUAUCCGUGUUCCUACAAAUCCAAUGGUAGCAAUUGUAAAAGGAGCUGUUCAAUAUGGAUUGAGACAAGAAGUUGUUGCCACUCGUGUAUUGAAAUGGACAUACGGAACUGAUGUUGCUCGUGGAUGGAAAAGUGAUGAUCCAGUAAAUCGAAUACUUCCGGGUGGUAUUGUUAUCGAAUUUUCAAAAUUAGCGGUUAAAGGAGAAAUAUUCCCAGUUGAUGCAGGAAUACAAACAGUAUUUACUCCAGGUCAUAUAUUCCAAAGUGAAGUUGGGUUCGAUAUAUAUACUACUGAAAAUGAGAAUGCAAAAUUUUGUGAUUCUCCUGGAGUAAAAUUACUUGGUAAUUGGUCUAUUAAUAUCCCUAUAACAUUAAGUGUAAGACCUAUAUUAUUUAUCAUGUCUUUUGGAGAAAUUGAGAUUGAGGCUCAUGCUUUUAAUUUAGAAACUGGUGAUAGAUAUGACAAUACAUUUGAAUUAGAUAUUUAGGUUAGAUUUUGAUAGCAUUUUUUGAUAUUAUAUGAUAAUUUUGACAUAAUUAAUGAACGAUUUGUCAAAAUUUACGUAUAAAGUUGGAAUGGACAAAUAAAACGGGCAUCAUCAUCGGGCUCAUAAGUGCUUAUGAAAUAAUAACUUAGAAAAGGAUAUAAAUGAUUUUUUUUUGUACAGUCACAAAUUGAAACAAGGAUAAGAGUAUAUCAUGAAACGGAAGACUUGUAUUGAAUAAUAAUAAUAAUAAACCCAAACUUGUAUAUAAUAAAUAUUUUUAUUAAAAU